ACCGCAUCCUUACCUGCCGAUGACGGACACGUUGACGACGUGCUUUCGAUGCGUCACGCAGCGCUGCGAGUCUGCGAGGCUCUUAGUCGACAACGAGAGCGAGUUCGUCGGCAUUGGGCGCGGAUUGAUCCUGUAUGUGUCGUGGGCGAAAGGAGCGACCCUCGGCGACUUACCUAGAAUCGUGAAAACCUUGCUAAACAUGCGACUCCUUCCAAUGGCGUCGUCGUCGAAAGCCCAAUCCAUUUGUGAAGCCACGGUGGAGCACGAUCCCAUGCACCUACUUGUCGUGCCGCAAGCUGCUUUGACGUCCAAACUCCAGCGAGGCAAGAACAUCCAGUACCACAGCCAAUUGACCAAGGGCGACGGCGCGGAGGAAAUCUACGCCGAGUUCGUUCGAUUGCUCCACGAAACAUCCGCGGAGAUCCUGGCGUCGCUUCCUUCUUCAGGCCAUCUUGUGAUCCAGCACGGAACUUUUGGAAAUCGCCAGGCCUUGCACUUUGAAUCGAACGGGCCAUUCACGCACAUGUUUGAAAUGUAAAUGACGCUACUCGAUUCUACUUUUUUGGCGUGAGGCAUGAAUCGAUGACGGUGCUCGUCCGUGGCAGCAGCUCGAUCUACCCUUCGUUUCGGGAUUCAGAGACGUCGCCAACGAUUGCGCCAAGGGAUUCAAUGCAUUGGGACACCGCAACUUUCAACUUGACAUUGUGCGCGCCACCGCCGAGCCAAAUGUAUGGCAGUUCCAACACUGGGGCGGACACGACCACCUACGGCAGUCGUCGUCAUUACCGUGAACACGAAUAUGCAGGAUCGAACCGGAAGAGGUGUGGUCAUGCCGUACGGCGACACGCCGUUGAAUUCAAAACCAGUCAGCUGGGCGGACGUGUCGGGAGGAGCGUGCUGGAAAUUGACUUGCUUCCGA